UAGCGUUGGGCUUUACGAAGUUUACUGGAAGGUAAAAUGCACCUAAACUGGCGCUAAGGUUUUUAUUAGCUGCCGAAUUCUCUGUUCAGAUGUAUUUGGCGCAGGUCUUCAAAGCAUGACCAGCACCUCUUUUUUGAACAUGGCCGGGGUUGACACUAGUUAGCUAGUCCCUGCUCUCUAAUGUAAACAGCAGCGUUGCUAGCAGUGGAAGCUAACACAGGCCACCGUUACUCAGAUAAAGGAAUAAGCAGCUCAGCAAACUUCUGGCAUAUUUUUGACCAACAGCAGGCUGUGCAUCAUGUCCAUUGAUUUUGACAGUGCUGCUCUUCAAACCCAGCAUGAUGAAGAAGAAUACGAUCAGGAGGACUAUGCAAGAGAGCAAGAGCUGCACAAACUGCUCACAGACCUGCCUGAUGACAUGCUGGAGGACAGCAUCGACUCCUCCUCCCCAGAGUUAGAGUGCUCUACCUGCAGCAAUAAAAACACUGGCAACAGCCCACAGUCCAAGUGGACUCAGCAAUGGGCUGAUCAUCCAAGGCCCACCUCUCAUGCACAGAACUAUGAAGUUGACUAUGAUCAAGGCUCUCACGAUGAGUACGCCUAUGGGGAUGGAGGUGUUCAUAUGAAUGGACAUCAAAGCCACCCUCCGAGCGAACCUCUGCCUCACACCUGGAACCAGGAUCAUCAGUUCAUACAGGGAGAUUAUACAUGCACGAGCAUGGGCACAGAGAAAUCUACAGAGACCUGUGAUUUUUCUACUGAGUUUGAGUCCAACUCAUACUCUCAAAGCAAACCCAACCAUGUGGAAUACAAUGGAGAAGGAGGAUAUAGGGACAAGCAAAGCCAUUUUCAAAAUUUAAAGCCAGGAGCAGAUGACAGAGUGAUAAAUCAGUACAAGACCAGCUACAAUCCUCACCAUCCUGCUCAUCAGCCACAGAUGUUUAACUCACAGGCCACUCAGCAAGAAAGUCAGUUUGACCAUCUACAAAGAGAAUUCCUUGAUUCGACACAACAAAAUGCUGACAGAGAGCAACUCGCCCAGCUGCAGAUUUUGAACAAAGCUCAACAGAGGCAAAUUGAAGACUUGGAGCGAAAACUGGAGGAUUCCCGGCGUAAUAUGAGAUAUCUUGAGCAUCAGUUUGCAAUUGUCAAAGAUGAAAAGGAUGGCCUCGCUGUAAGUCUAAAGGAAUCAAGUCGAUUGAUUGAAGAGGCAAAGGAGAGAGAGGUUCAAAUGCAAAACAAGCUGAGGACAAUGGAGCAGCAAGUACAGAUUCUCAAUGAGAGAGACCAAGAGAACAUGAAGAAACAGAGAGUGGCGGAUGCUGCAGUGGACAGCAUGAAGCAGCAGAUGUUGGAUCUUUGUCGCUCUGACACACUGUCCAGAGCACGAGAGCAGCAUGACAGAGACCUUGCCAUCAUAAAGGAGCAGCAUGAGGCCGCACUGUUGGCCCUGCAACAGAAGCUGGAUUCUACCUCUCAGGCUUUGAAUGAACAGAUUGAUGUUGGUCAGAGCUUACGAGAGCAUGUGAAGAAGUUGGAGCGACAGAGAGAAGAAGAGCAACUAGAGAGAGCCAGAGUUGUCAAUGCUCUCACUCAGCGUCUGGAGGAGAGUCAACAACAAUGUGCCAAGCUGCUGCAGACAAAUUCAGUGCAGGAGAUGAGUCAAAUGCAAAUCAAACUACAACAGGCUCAGUCAGCCAAGGCAUUGAGUGAAAACAUGAACAAAGUUUUGCAGGAGGAUAUGGCUGAUCUGAAGGAGCAGAUAACGCUGUAUGAAUCUGCUGUGAAACAUGGUGUUAUUACAUUAGACCUGAGCAGUGACUGGGAGAACCAGCUGUCUGAAUCUUGUGUGGAUCUAGGAUUGAAGAAAACAAAAAGGAAAAAUGGCACACUUCACAGCACUGCCCUGGCUCACCUGUCAGACACCAAGCUGCCUAAGGAUGAAGCUGUAAGGCUGCUGCGAGUGGAGAUGCAGCGAUGCCUGGGUAGUUUAAAGGGGAAGCGGCAGAAGAUCAGUCAGCUGCAGGAUGAGCUCCAGCGCUGUCAGUGUCGAGUAAAUGAGCUGCAGACCGAGUUAGAUGAAGUCAAGCUCAGCACUUCGGUGAGGACUACCCCUGAAAGCUGUCAUUCAGAUUUAAGUAGAUUUAACCGUCAUAAAUCAUGAAAGAUUGCUGUUCUGUCCAAACUCUAGUUGCUAGAAAAGAGGAACGAGGAGCUGAAACAGAGGGAGGAAAAGCUGAAGUCUGCUAAUUCUGAGCUGUGCACCAAAAUGAGGGAGAUGAUCCAGGAGCUGGACCAAGAAAAGCAGGAAACUGCAGAGAGAUCUGACAGGAUUAACCAGCAGUAUAGGGAUGAUGUGGUGAAGCGGGUCAGAACAGAGCUCCUGCUGGAAAACGAUGCUCAGGUGGAACAGCUGACUGCACAGCACCAGCAGCAGGUUCAGCACUUACAAACCCAGCUAUCUGAAACCAAUGAUAGGAUGUUGGCCGUUCAAGAAUGUUACAUAUCUGUCUGCAAGGAGAAGGACUUGCUUGAAGAAAGCAUUCGCAAUAAAGAGAAGGAGGCGGCUGUGAUCAGAGAGGAGAGCGGUACAGCUGUGGAGAAGCUGAGAAAUGAACUUGAGGCUCAGCAUCAAGCCUCAAUAAAGCAGCUCAAAGCUGUCUGGUCCAAAGAGAAGCAGGCUGAGAUCCAGCAGCAAGUGAAAUCUCAUGUCGCCUCAGCCGAGGCCACGUGGAAGGAGGAACUGCAAAAGAUGGAGAAGACAUGGGUCCAGAGGCUAGAGGAGGCGAGGAGAGAGAAACACCAAGAGACUGCAGAGGUGACCUGUCAGACAGAUGAGAUUGAGGCCGGCAGUCUGACAAUUACUGCUGAGGAGCUGGACUCCAGGCUCAGUGCCCAGAAAGAGCAGCUGCAACUGGAAGCUGACAAAGUCCGACGGAAAGCUGUAGAGGAAGCCAGGAAACAAACCCAGAGAGAGUUACAAGAGAAACACCUGGAGGACAUGGCCAAGCAGGUUGAAGGUGCAGUAACCAGGGCCUAUAAUCGCUGGAUUGAGGAUCUGCUGUUGUUACCAGAAUACCAAGCCUCUCUCCAAACAGAGAAGGAGAAAUGGGAAGAACUGCAAGACAAGCACACAGAACAGCGGGUGUCCCAGGCCCUGAGGGAGGCAGAGGAGCAAUGGCACAAGAAGCACAAGAACCAGCUGGAGGAGCACUGCUCUGGAGCGCAGAGAGUGGAGGAACUUCAAGUGGAGCUGGCAGCUCUCCAGAGCCAGCUGGAGCAAAUGACCAGAGAGCAAGCUGCCCUGUUGAAAGCAGAGCUGGCCGGAGCCAGAGCAGCCUGGAACAGAGACAAACAGCAGGAGAUCGCCAUCAUCCAGGUCCGCAGCGAACAAGUGUACCAAACCAAGCUGCAAGAGCAGAGCAAAAAGCUGGAGCAGACUUUGCAGCAAGCCACAGAGGAUGCUGACCUCCAGAAGAAGGAGUUUCUGUUGCAGAUGGAGGCCAAGCUUCAGCAGACUGUGAGGGCUCGAGAGGAGGAGUGGAGACGCCAGCAUGUGGACAAGGAGCUGACCCAAAGAAAACAAAUGAGAGAUGAAUUAUUAGCAGAGCUUCAGACUGGACUGGCAGAGGUCCAGUCUCAGCUUCUUAGAGAUCCCAAAGCAGAUCAUCAGGGCCCUGAAGACACCAGAAGGAGCAGCGGGGCGACAUCAGAUGCUGAAAUAACGCACAUCAUCCAAACUUCAUGCAGAGACAUGGUCAACAGAGUAGUUUCACAGGCUAAGAGGGAAUGGAAGAAAAUAAGUGAAGAGAGACUGAACUGUGUGUUAAAGAAAACUCAGGAACAGCAUGAGAGAGAACUCAACAAAAUACAAAGCUCUUUGCCCCAGAGGAAGGAUCAGUCUCGUUGUAGGAAGGAGUGUGCAGAGACUGUAAGUAAGCUGCAGAAGAAGAACCAGGAGCUCCAGAGACAUUUGGAGAAAGCCUGCCGUCAGCUCCAACACAGCAUUCGAGAACACAAAACUGCCAUGCAGCAUCUCAAAGAUGAACAUGAAAGCAACUUACAAAAGGUGAAGGAGGAACAGCUGCAGCAGUUAGAAGAAGUGAAGAGAGCCAAAGAAUCCUCAGGAAACUCUGAUCAACAAAAUCUUCAGCAAGGCCUGGAGGAGAUGAAGCAGCAGUAUCUGACGACUGUGGAAAAAAUCAGAGGAGACAUGUUGCGUUACCUCCAGGAGAGUCGGGAGCGUGCAGCAGAGAUGAUCCGCAUGGAGGUGCAGAGGGAGAGGCAGGACACUGCCAGAAAGAUGCGCCGCUAUUAUCUGACCUGUCUGCAGGAGUUAUUGGAAGACGGAGGAAAGACUGCAGGUGCCGAAAAGAAAAUAAUGAAUGCUGCAAGCAAGCUGGCGGCCAUGGCUAAAGUGCUGGAGACACCUAUCAAAAGUAAAUCUGGGAAGAACCACAGUUUACCAAGUUGUUCAACAGCUCUGCCCACCGCUGGCUGCCCUCCAGGGAGAAAUGCACUUUUCAGUAAGACCCCGUCAACCCUAACUGAGCCUCCUGACAUCCGGCCAGAGGAGAGAUCCCACAGAGAUAAGACUUCUGCUGAUUCAGAGCAGAAGCCAGCCGCUGCAGUGAGGACUAAACUUUUGAGCCACCAGGACGUCACUGCAUCUGGAAAGGAGGAGGCCUCAGGGGAUGCAGGGAUGAAGCCCCACACUGCUCCCACAAGCCUCCACACUUACAAACCAGCUCAUCAGAUGCCUUCUUCGUCCCAUGUAGAUUUUGUCAGUGUGUCUGUGAGGAGUAAAAGCAGGGAGCUGUACCUGCAGGGAGGAGAGUCCAGCAAAGCAGACAGCCGGCCGGAGUCGCAGCAACAGAGCAAACCUUUCCUGAUCCAGGAGGCUCCAGUCAGAGGUGAGAAACAGACUGACUGGAGCAUGACAAGUAGUGACUCCGACACGGGCUUCCAAGUCCCCAGACUGUCCUACUUGGGAAGGAAAGUAGAACCAGUGAAGCCCUUUUCGCUGUCUGCGGCGUCAGUCGGCGAUAUAGGUGAGUUUUGCGGCCUCACCCCGGAUGUUUCUGACUUGACUGUUUAUAAUGAGAUCGCCAAGACGACCCCUCACACCGAGACCUUUGCCCAAGCAAAGAUGAGUACUCGCAGGGAGCCGACUCCUGGCUCUGAAUGUGAGAAGCAGCAGGGAGUUUGUUCCAGACCUCUGUUCUCUGAGUUGAGACAGCGGCAACAGGACAGCGGCUUUGACAGCCCGUUUUACCAACAGAAAUGAUGAAGGAAGGGCAGGUAUGUAGGUGAAGCAGGGAGACGAGCAUGGAACCGACACUUAUCACAUAGUGCCUUGAAUAACGUGUACAAUGUUUACAAGAUAUAGACCCUGUGCCUUCACGGUUGCUUGCAGUGUUUAGGGAUAGUUUAAUGCAUUAGGAAAUACAACUACUUGCUUUCUUGUGGUGGGUUAGAUGAGAAGACAGGGAAGAGUGACACCCUCUCAUUUGUGCUUGAAGUCUGAAGCUAUAACCAGCUGCUGGUUAGAUUAGCUUAGCACAAAGACUGAAAACAGGAGAAAGCAGCUGCUAUGGCUCUGUCCGGCUCAGUUCCAGCACCUUUAAAAGUCGUUAAUUCACAUGUUAUAGCUUGUUCAGUUUGCACAAAGCCAAUGUGCACUUAUGACAAUUUGUGUGCCAGAGAAAGUAGUUUUAAUUACUGAGCUCUAGAGGUGCUGGUUGAUGGACUUCUUGUCAGAGUCUAUGAUCUGUACUGAAUACAGGAAAUCUUUUGGAACCUCCCACACCUGAAGAAAAGGGUUUUAGACCGCACCAAAGGAAAAUCACAAGCAGCAAAAUGAUAAGAACUGAAAAUACUGUUUUUUAAAAAUUGUUGUUAAUUUUUUUUCCAGCUUAUUAGACAUUUUUAUUUAUGAAACAGUUACAAAUUACAGUGAAAUACAUAUAUUUCUGUUAAAUACGGUAAUGCACAGUCAAAGCGUUGACUGUGAGUGUAGUGUGUAGUCACCUCCCAUUUUGAAGAAAGAAAAAAAUCACGUUUUCGGUCUUUGUUCUACUCUAAGCUACCUGAGUGCUGGCUGUACCUUCAUAUUUACUAAAUAGAUAAGAAAGCGGUGUUGAUAUUUUCUUUACCCUUCAAAAGAAAGUGUGGCGUAGUUUAUCGAGGUGUAGAAGAAAAGCUUGUUGCAUUCCACACCACCACUAGUGCAGAUGACCUGUUACAACAAGCAUAUAACAACAUAUAACACCUAACGAGACAGUGAAAGUGAGUCAGAUGUCACUUGGUAAACAAUGGUGCUCUGACUUUUGCACUGAGCUCUGAAGCAUAAAACCAAAGCAGAAGCGUUAAGACUUAGUUAACCGGCAGCGUUUCACUGAAUGAGAGACGUCGGAAACCUUCAUGCAUCAGCACACUAAAUGCAAGAUAAAGGUUCAAAGUUCGUAUCACUGUGCUCUUUUCACCCUCUGGCAUCAGUAGGAAGUGUGUUUUUAUAUUUUAUAUCAAUGUAAUAAGAUAUGCUGUGCAUAGAUAUUAAAUGUUUUUAUAUGUUGCUUGAAGUCAUUUUAAUAAAUCUUGUUGCAAACUGUA